GAAGACAAAUUCGAAUAGGUCGCCAUCUUGUACGUUUGCCAACCAAUCAAAAAUGAGAAUUAAGUGACGUUCAGUAGAUUCGAGGUGUUUGAUCGUCGCACAAUCGUACUUGGAAUCUCAAUCGAACGUACGAUUCUUUGGUGUGUUUCAUUCCAGGAGCUCGUCGCGCAUUUAAAUACCACUCGAAUAGUGGUACGCACAUUAUAAAAAGAAAUAAUUUCUUAAAGAAGAAUAAUUAUAUAUAAGAAAUAUGACAUCUAAAGUUCUCAUGAAGCUACCAACUGUACCAUUUUCACAAGGAAAGAAACCAACAACCCCGCAUGACAUUACUUUAAAUGAGAGAAACGAUGGAAUGAUACAAACUAGACAACAAAAUAUGAAUAUAGAUAGAGCAGCUCAAUUGGAGCAAAAUAUGAAAUUUCUACAAGAGCAACAUCAAGCAACCUUACUUGCUUUACAUCAAGAAGUUGAAACGUUACGUCAAAGAAACAGAGAUUUGCAAUUCCAAUUAAUUUUUUCAAAAGGGACGACUUGUGUACCUAGCAGUCCUUCUUCCCCUGAAGAUAAUGGAACUGGGUUCGCGAAACCAAAGGGUAGCCCAGUAUGCGUGAACGUCACACCACUGCAGGUUGAACUCUUGGAAAAAGAUUUGCAGGAUAUUAAAGCCUCAUUACAAGAUGCAAAAACACACAACCAAUGUUUAACAGAUAUUAUUGAACAACAAAAGAAAAAUUUAGAGGAAUUAGAGAAGCAAAAGAAAAAAAUAGAUGUGACAAAUGUGGGAAUUCAAGUAGGGGGUAGAUCAGAACCUUCUCAAGAAGAUAUAGUAACACGUUUGGCAGAUGCACAUGCAGUGAUAAAACAAUUGCAUAGAGAAAAUACAGAUCAACGAAAGGAAAUUGCAACAUUAAAGGCAGCAUCAGUAAAUAAUGGAGGUACAAGUAGGGGUGGAUGGGCACGAGAUAGUAAUAAUAGUCAUCAUAGCCGUGUAUCGUCUAUAACUGGAAUACAGGAAUCAACAUCUCACAAAUUUCCACCAUUACAGACACAGAGCUACUCGCAUCGCAGAAUUCAGAGCUUUGAUCAUAAUUCUGAUUAUCAUAGAAAUGGAAGAAAUCGAUACGAUAGACAGGAUCUUCAUACAGAUGCUGAAAACACUGCAUUACCUCAACUUCAAAAUGGUAGCAUAAAUUCAGAUGCUAUGAUCUUUGAUUCGUGUUAUCGUCGAUAUCAAGCUUAUCUUAAUUAUCAUCGAGAAUAUAGUAAUCGCAAGUAUAGAUGUCAAGGCUCACAAAGGGAUCGCAGAGAUUCUGAAAAUCGUUAUUACAGACGCGAUUAUAAAGAUAGAAAAUUUAAAGAUCACCAGAGGGGAGAAUGUACAGAUUCUGGAGAAGGUUCAAGAGAUGCAGAUAGCUCCCAUAAUCAAUAAAUUAUAUAUAAACUGUUUUGAAUCUGGUGGCUUAGCCGCAUUAUAUACGAGUAGAUAUGUCUUUAAGUUAUUUGCCUUAAAAUAUGUAAAAGCAUCAGGAACUCCAUUAGCAGUAAUUAAUAGUUAUAAAUGCCGAGUGAUUAAUGUUUUCUCAUAUAAAUAUUCUCAUCUUGAAUAUAAUUCGGUUCCCUAUGCUUAGAUUACCAUACAUAACGCAAUGACGAAUGAUAUAUUAAAGCUAUAUGAUCUCGAAUGGAACAAGUUAGUGCAGCAUAAAUCAUUUUAUUUAUAAUAGACUGCCUUAAAAAAAGUAGAAGUUAUACCUCAUGAAUUGGUAAUGAAGUAAUUAUAAACAGCAAAUAUAGAUUAAAAAAAAAAAAAAGAGAGAGAGAGAGAGACAGAGGGAGAAAAAGAAAACAAAAAGGAGAAAGCUACGUGUAAUUACAACUUGAAAAAAGAUUUGAAGGAGGUAGGAAACAAAAGAUAUACUUAACCGAAUUUCUUUAUUACUUUCUCUGGCAUCCCCAAGAAGAAUUGCUCGGAUAAAGAAAUGACAAGAGUUUCUACAAGUUAUUAUACAAUUUACAUCAUGUUACAUCAAAGAUCUAAAGAUGCAUAUCUCAAUAUUUUAUUUUAUAUUGAGUGAUAAAAGUAGAAAUGAAUUUAAAAAUAUUAAGUUAUCUUAUCAAAAGUAACUUUUAUUGCAAUUGUUUAAAAAUUGUAUUACAGUUGGACUGUAAAAUAAUUAAUGGAUGAUAGUUUUUCUUGCACAAUGGAAGGUGUAUCUACGAAAAAGUUGGAAAAUUCAUUAAUGAUACUCAUUUAUCCUACAUAUAUAAUACUGUUUCUAACACAUUUUCAACUAUUAGUGGAUGGAUAUAUGCGCGAGAAAUAAAGCCAAGUUGAUAUACAUAUAAUGCUUCUAUCUACGAACAUAGAUAAAUAAUACGAGAUGUAAUGACUUGAUCAAGUACCUUUUAUCUAUUAUAAUCAUAUACCUUAUUAAAGAAAUGAUAAAUAAUUGAAUGAUUUCAACAUAA